AUGUUACAUUUUACAAGAACAUUCAAUACUCCACCAAGAUUAUCACAAGAUAAUAUCUAUGCGGCUUUACGUACUAUUGAUUUAACAGGUCUAGCCGAAAAUAUAAAUAAAUCUCCUGCUUGGUCGACACCAAUCAAGCAACAACUUUCUCCAUCAAUUCCUUAUGCUUCUCCAUUAUUGAAUAAAUCGUUACAGACACCAACACAUGAUCGACCAACAUCUAUGCAUUACCAAUCUUCUUCAGAUAUAUCAAUUGAUCGUACUAAUCGACAACUUAUACCGUUCCUUUGUGCAACACCUCAUCUUGUUCAACUCAAUACAAAAUGGCAAGAACAGCUGAAGAUCGAGAAAGAACGAGUCAGACGAAGCUUAAUUACAGGCAACUAUGACAAAGAUGAUGAUACAUUGGAUUUAUUUGCUGCAAGAGAUGCCGUUGUAACAGUGAUGAAUCCAAAUAAUUAUAGUGCAAACAAUUUUGAAAACUAUGGUUCAGUUCUUCCAGUGCUCAAAGUCAUAAAUAACUUUCCUACUCAGACAAGUAUUAUUAAUGAAUUUACAUUAAACAGAGAACAACGAGCUGCAUUUAUGAUCAUAACAAGUCAUCUUGAUGGUGACACGCGAUGUCACAUAGGUGACAAUAAUGGUCAACUCAUAAUGUGUAUACCUGGUUGUGGUGGAACAGGCAAAUCGCAACUUAUUCGUGCUCUUACCAAAUACUUUCUCGUUACAAAAAGAAUGCAAAUGAUGAGAAAGCUUGCACCGACUGGAAUUGCUGCUGCUGAAAUAGAUGGAAUGACAAUUCAUUCAUUUUUGGGCGAACAACGCAAUUCAAGAAAGCCACGAACUAUUAAACCAGGCGACUCAAAGCUUGAAAAAGAAUGGAGACCAGUCGAAUAUCUUUUAAUUGAUGAGAUGAGUAUGGUUGGUUUAACUCUACUAGCAAAACUCAACCGAAUUAUUUCUACUGCAAAACAUGUCGAUCCUCAAGUUCCAUUCGGUGGUGUAAACGUUAUCUUCUUUGGUGAUUAUUUACAAUAUCGACCUGUAUUUGAUGCACCAUUACACACCCAUUUCACAUUGUCAUCUAAAAGUAAAUCGUGCAAGUUACCUACAGAAAAAGAAAUUCAACAGCGUGUUGCACGAUCUUUAAUACUUCAAAUUAACUGUGUGGUAAAACUUACGCAACAGAUGCGAACAGAAGAUUCACGGUACCUUCAGCUACUCGAACGUCUUCGUCAUGGACAAUGUAAUUAUGACGACUAUGAAUUAUUGCUGACACGAGUGGUUGGGCAACCAUCAGUAGACUCUCUCUGUGAUACGCCAUGGAAUAAAGCUCCGAUCCUUGUGUUCCGAAAUGAAGUACGAACACAAUUGAACAACAAGGCAGCAAUUCACAAUGCAGCUCAAUUAGGUCGCGUCUCGAUCGUAUGCGUCGCUCAAGACACUUGUAAUGGCAAAUCAAUUGAAGAUCCUAUACUUAUAAGAAAAUUGUUGGAAUUAUCUGAUAGCAAGACAGAGCAUUUACCUGGUUUAUUACCUUUUGUUCCUGGAAUGCCUGUUAUUUUAACACAAAACAUUGCUAUUGAACUUGGUCUUAUUAAUGGUAUAAAUGGAAUCUUUCGUCAAUUAGUCUAUCAGUCAGAUUCUGUAUCAGCAGAUGUUUUAUCGGAAAUAUUUCCAAAAAAUACACAAUACAUUCAUCGGCCAUUAUAUGCAUUAAUAGAAAUUGCUAAAUCAAAAGUUGAUUCCAAUCUUGAAGUACUUCAACCAAAACUUAUCCCAAUACCAGUAAUGGAACAAACAUUUCGGGUAGACAUUUUUGAUAUUAUUCCAAAAGACAAGAAACCAAAAUCAAAUCGAAAAGCAAUUUUAUCGAUUAAACGUCGAGCAUUACCAUUGGUGCCUGCUUAUUGCAUUACGACACAUAAAAGUCAAGGUCAAACAUUGAAUAAAGUUGUGAUCGAUCUUAAAUUACCAAAUGAAACUGAAGAUAUUGCCGCAGUUUAUGUACCAUUAUCUCGUGUAAAACGUUUGGCCGAUCUAAUCAUCUUACGGCAAUUUGAUUACAAGGUGUUACUAAUUAAACCAAGCAAAUCUCAAGUCACCGAAAUGGAAAGACUGGAUCAACUGUAUUUAGAAACUCAAAAAUGUUUUUCUCAUUGGUUUCAAUGA